AUGACUACAAAAUAUGGGAAACUUCUGUUUCGUACCAAUGUUUAUGAUUAUGAUCCUCAUUUUAAUUAUCGUACUCAAGAUUUAAUUGAUUUAUAUAUUCUUAAAAUUGAAAAUCAAAAUGUUAUUAAAUUUAAAACUGAAGAUCAAAUAAAUGUACUAAUUACAAAUCAAACAAAACAACGAUACGUAAUUAUUCAACAAUUAUACUUUCGAGAUAUUUUAUCAAGAUUAAUUGAUGUUGAAAAUGAUUUGACAUUUAAUAGUUAUGAAUGGUUAUCUUUGAUUAAAUAUGAUAGAUGA